CACACUUGUUUCCGCUUGGUGAGAAGUAAUGCAGUAGUUUCAGGUUUUGUCGGAGUGCAAGUGCAGCUAGUCAAUUCAAAAUGCCUCAAUACGAGAUUGCUAUGAUAAUUCGCCCUGCGACCAAGACCCAAAUGGCUGAAUGUAUCAAAAGAUAUGCUGAAGCUGUGUUCAAGAAUGGAGGGUUAAUUAAAAGAUUUGAAAAUCUUGGACAGAGACCAUUGCCAUACACAAUGAAAUAUAGAGGAGAACCAGUUCAAAAGGGAAACUAUUUUGUUAUGUACUUUGAUCUACCUGGGGCUAACAUUAUUUCAUUUAAACGAGACACUAAAGGUGAUCAAGAUAUCAUUCGUAGGAGCAUUCUAAGGAGUGAACAAGAACGUCUUCGACCAUGUGAAGUUGGAGAAUGUUAUUUCGAUGACAUGAAUAAUGACAAGAUUUUAAACAAUGUCUUGAAAUUUGGAACUUUUACAAAGAGAACUCAUGAUUUUGACAUGGCCACACGUGGCAUACGCAUGCUGCAGCAACAAGCUAACAUCAAGAAAAAACAUGAAGAGGAAUGACAAAACAGCUCAGGGAUUUGAGGAAAAAUCAAGCUUAUCAGAUGAGGAUAUAUGUAAAAUAAGGAUAUAUGCCACCUGAAGCUUUUUGUAUCAUUGAAGACUUAAUUUCACUGUCAAAGACAUAUUAGGAGAAUGAAGUCUUUUUUUAUGUCAAAAUAAAACAAGUUUUGAAAUAAUUUGACAAUAUUAGUUAAA